CAGAACGACCCAAGCCAACAUGGGACAGCUGACAAGUCAAUACUUUGCCGAAGGCCCCGCCUCUAGUGCGAGUGCUCGGGCUGCUUCUACACCUCUUUGGACUGCGUUGCCUCUCCAGCGCGAGCUCGAGCGUAACUUCUUUCACUCAAUCGACGCCUACGAAGGCGCGCUCUCAGGAAGCGGUCGAAUCAGAGUCAGAGCGAUUGAUCAUCGAUUCCUGGAAGAUCUGUUGAGCGUAGUGGCUCUCUCGAUCCCUGUCCUGGAGACGUUGCAACAGCUGCUGCCGGACACCGAUUCUCCCUUUUGGCAGCUCAAAGCGGAGCUACCACGCUUCAACAGCCUGCAAGUUCAAACCGCUCUGCGUCCUCGAGACCCGCCCCAGCACACGAGCCGCACGAGCCGUCGCUCUACCCGCCAGCGCGAGACAGAGGCUAUCAGCGAAGCCCAUUUGUGCAUCAUGAGAGCUCGCCAAGAGUAUGACAGCUACUCCGACCUCGAGCGAGUAGAGCACUACGGCAAUUUCCGCGCUGCUUUGCUCACGCUCAGCCACGAAGUCCGACGGAUCACGGAUCCAGCCGCCCGCUCGCGCGUUCGGAGCGAUAGCGCGUCCGUGCGCUCGAAGCUCGACAGAUUCGAAGCUGGGUUCGUGGAUCGGGUGCCUGCAGUGGCGCGAUUUGCCUUGAGUCAACUGGAAUCGUUGAGGCUACGCGAGCAGCAUCUUGCUCUCAUGCGGCAGCGCGGGCAGAGUGAGGCGCUCGAGGAUGCGAGAGUGUCUUUGCAAAUCGCACAGGGAGUCUUGGAUCGUUUUGAGGUGGAGCAAGGCGUUCCGUCCGAGACGGAUUCCUGGCUUUACAGUUGGACGCAGAGCAGCUAGAUGCCUGCCCACCCUUUGGAGGCAUUUUGCAACCUCAAGCGCCUCGCUGGAUGAGCACUCUCGGACAUCCCUGGCUGUUACGUGGAACCCACUAGAAAUAAUAUUGUCCUCGCAUAGGGUACCUUGACAGACCGCCCACGGCGGGAAGGGCCCGUCAUUCAGCGCAAACGGACAGCACUGUGAUUGUAUGC